AUGAGCGGAUUUCACAAUGUUGGAAAUAUCAAUAUGAUGGCUCAACAGCAGAUGCAACAAAAUAGAAUAAAGGUUAGCAUAAGGAACUGGCAGAAUGCAACCAUGAACGAUUUGAUUAAUUUUAUAAGCCGCAAUGCUCGAGUAGCUAUCUUUGACGCUCAUGUGGAAGGACCAUUGGUUGUUGGAUAUGUUAAUUCAAAGGCAGAAGCUGAAUCAUUAAUGAAAUGGAACGGUGUCCGUUUCGCUGGCAGUAAUUUAAAAUUUGAACUCUUAGACGGCAAUGGAGCCUCUGCAGGAACUUCAGAUACAAUUUCAUUUUUGAGAGGAGUGCUCCUCAAGAGGUAUGAUCCUCAAACAAAACUAUUGAAUUUGGGGGCCUUACAUUCUGAUCCCGAACUAAUCCAAAAAGGUGUCUUUAGUUCCAUCUCCACCCAAUCUAAGAUGUUUCCAGCAAUGAUGAAACUGGCUUCUACAGAAAGGAGUUUGGUAGUAGAAAGUGUGAAUCUUGCUGAUAACCAACUAAAGGACAUCUCUGCAAUUUCCACAUUGGCUCAAACAUUUCCCAAUUUGAAAAACCUCUGUUUAGCCAACAAUCAAAUUUUUAGAUUUAGAUCGUUGGAAAUUUGGAAAAACAAAUUCAAGGACUUGAGAGAGCUUUUGAUGACAAAUAACCCGAUAACUACAGAUAAGUUGUAUCGCACUGAAAUGUUAAGAUUAUUUCCGAAAUUAGUUGUAUUAGAUAACGUAAUUGUAAGAGACGAACAAAAAUUGCAAAGUGUUUACUCGUUACCGAUGAAGAUCCAACAGUUUUUUUUUGAAAACGAUGCGUUGGGGCAAUCAUCUACUGACUUUGCAACAAACUUUUUAAAUCUAUGGGAUAAUAAUAGAGAACAACUGUUAAAUUUGUACACACCGCAAUCCCAGUUUUCUGUUUCCGUGGAUUCUACUAUCCCUCCUUCUACGGUGACAGACUCGGAUCAAACUCCAGCAUUUGGUUAUUAUAUGUCGUCCUCACGUAAUAUAUCUAAAGUAUCCAGUGAAAAAUCCAUCCAGCAGAGAUUAUCAAUUGGACAAGAACCCAUCAAUAGUAUAUUCAAGACUUUACCAAGAACGAAACACCACUUACAAGACCAACCCAAUGAAUACUCCAUGGAAACAAUUAGCUAUCCUCAAAUUAACGGGUUCGUUAUUACGCUGCAUGGAUUUUUUGAAGAGAUUGGCAAACCAGAACUCGAACCCAAUAAAAAAACGGGAAAAAAUAACUAUCAAAAGAAUAGAAGAUACAACCAUGGUUACAAUUCCACAUCAAAUAAUAAAUUAUCCAAAAAAUCCUUUGAUAGAACCUGGGUAAUCGUUCCAAUGAAUAAUAGUGUCAUAAUUGCAUCUGAUCUGUUAACUGUGAGAGCGUAUUCCACAGGUGCUUGGAAAACCGCAUCUAUUGCAAUACCACAGCCUCCACAGCAACAAUCCUCAGUGCUGCCACAGGUCGCAAGCAUGAACCCAAAUAUAACGACACCACCACAACCACAAUCUUCGGUGGUACCAGGGGGGAUGAACAUGCCCGGCGCACCCCAAGGACCGAUGAUCAUGGCUCCCACUUUGCAACUACCACCAGAUGUCCAGUCACGGCUAAAUCCCGUGCAACUCGAGCUGCUGAAUAAACUACAUUUGGAAACGAAAUUGAAUGCAGAAUAUACGUUUAUGUUGGCCGAGCAAAGUAACUGGAACUAUGAAGUUGCCGUAAAGGGCUUCCAGAGUAGUGUGAAUGGCAUCCCCAGAGAAGCAUUUGUACAAUUCUAG